GCGACAUCGCCACAAACAUGUCAACACGGCUUUUUGUUUUGAUUCCGAUGCUUUAAAUUGUACGGUUCUUUUUAAUUAAAAAAAAGUGGAAUUCACAGGUAAUUGUUUCGUCAUCACCUAACGCAUCGUAAAAUUACUUUUGGUGCGGUGUUUAAUGAAUCAUUAAACAACACUGAAAAUAUUGUAAUACAUGAUUGUUGCGAGGAUAACAUUGUUUUACAUAGCUUGAAUAUUGUAUCAAAUGUCGAACCUAGAUCCAUCUACCAAGUUCAUCAAUGCAGCUAAACAAUUGGCUGACAGUGAAAUCCAGUUGAUACAAACCAUUGAACAUUUUAGACAUGUUGAGCUGAGUAAAGGAUCGACAGCAGUGUUAAAUAAAUCAAAAAAUAUGAGUAACACAGUGAAAAAGUCACCAAGAAUGGUCAAUGCCAAGCCUUCAGCAGCAGUGGUAGCUGCAAAAAGAGAAGCUCAACGUAAGAAAUUGUUAGGUAAAAAGACUUCUGUUCCUGUGAUUCGUGAUAUUUACCAAAAAGCUAUUGAUGCUAAAGACAUGACUCGCAAGGAUACUGGACUUGUGUUUGACCAUUCUAUGGCAGAACAUCAUUGUAUGUGGGACGAUGGUUAUCCAGAGUGUCCAGAAAGGUUCACGAGAGUUCUAAAAAGGUGUGAUGAAUUAGGAUUAACUGAGCGCUGCAAAUUUAUUGCACCUAGAUAUGCUGAAUAUGGAGAGCUUCUUUUAAAACACACUCCAGCUCACAUAGAGAUACUAAAGUCAACAGAGAAUAGUUAUGAUGUUGAGAAGUUAGAAGAUUUGGCUUCUAAAUAUGAUUCAGUUUAUUUUCAUCCAAGCACUUAUCGCUUAUCUCUACUUGCUGCUGGAUCAACAAUUAAUCUUGUGCAAAGUAUCUGCAAAGGAAAUGUACAAAAUGGAAUGGCAAUAAUAAGACCACCAGGUCACCAUGCAAUGAAAGCAGAAUACUGUGGCUAUUGUUUUUUUAACAAUGUAGCUAUAGCUGCAGAGUUAGCUUUGAAGCAGGGUUUAGCUAAAAAAAUUCUAAUAGUAGAUUGGGAUGUUCAUCAUGGACAGGCUACCCAACAAAUGUUUUAUAAUGAUCCUAGAGUGGUCUAUUUUUCUAUUCACCGUUAUGAAAACGGAGCCUUUUGGCCUAACCUUCGUGAGUCAGAUUAUCAUUUUGUAGGCGAUGGUGCUGGCGAGGGAUAUAAUUUUAAUAUUCCUCUCAAUAAAACUGGCAUGACGAAUGCCGAUUACUUGGCAAUAUUCCAGCAGGUUUUACUACCAAUGGCUUAUGAAUUCCAACCGGAUCUCAUCAUAGUCUCUGCCGGUUAUGAUGCAGCUCUCGGUUGUCCAGAGGGGAAAAUGAAAAUCACUCCUGCCUGCUAUACUCAUUUGUUAUCCUCACUUCUUGGCCUUGCUACUGGAAAAGUUGCAGUUGUUCUAGAGGGCGGCUAUUGCUUGAAAUCUUUGGCAGAAAGUGCAGCUCUUACUCUCAGAACUCUCUUGGGUGAUCCCUGCCCAUUUAUGCAAUCUUUGGGAUUACCUUGUCAAAGCAUUCAAGAAACAAUACUAAACGUAAUAUAUACACACAAAUUAUACUGGAAGUGUUAUCAGUAUCAAGAUUCUUACAGUAUUAGCACAAAUAUCAGCGACAAAAAUCAUCAACAUUUACCUACCGUGUUUUUUGAUGGUCCCGAAAAACUUCCCAUAGUAUUUGAAACGCGCAAUUGUUAUCCCAUCCAAUCUAAAGCCGAACUAGAAGAGAUUAACAAACAAUUGGAUAUGCUUAUACAGAUUACAAAUCUCAACAAAGCUCCAUACCGCGUAAGCAUAGUCUACGACGACAGAAUGCUGAAACAUUAUAAUGUGGCAGACGAGUCCCAUCCGGAAAAACCAAGUAGAAUAACAAGCAUUUUUUCCAAGCAUAAAGAAUGUGGUAUUCUCGAACGUUGUCACAUACUCACGGGGAGAGUUGCAACCGAGGAGGAAAUCCUUCUUGCACACACGAAAGCUUAUGUCGACAGCAUACGACAAACAAACGAAACUAAAUUAAGAGAUUUAGUGAAACAAGCUAAAGACAUGAAUUCCGUAUACUUGCAUCCUGAAACAUGGCUGAGUUCAACUGUCUCGGCCGGCUCCUUACUCCAUAUUGUCGAUAGUGUUCUCAUCGGAGAAAGUCAAAGUGGAGUUGCUAUUGUCAGGCCGCCUGGUCACCAUGCCGAGGAAGACGCUGCUUGUGGCUUUUGUAUUUUUAAUAACGUGGCUAUUGCUGCCAAGUAUGCUGUUGCUUGUCAUGGAUUAAAAAGGGUAUUGAUCGUUGAUUGGGAUAUUCAUCAUGGGAAUGGCACACAAUCGAUUUUGCAAGAUGAACCAACCGUUUUAUAUAUAUCACUGCAUCGAUACGACAAUGGAAGCUUUUUCCCUCACUCAAAGGAGGCGAAUUAUACUGUUGUUGGAACGGGAAAAGGCGAAGGUUUCAAUGUGAAUAUUCCUUGGAACAAGAAAGGAAUGGGCGACGCAGAAUACAUAGCAGCUUUUCAGCAGAUUGUCAUGCCUAUUGCCUAUCAGUACAACCCGGAGCUAGUUCUAGUCUCAGCAGGCUUUGACGCUUGCAUUGCUGAUCCUCUUGGAGGCUGCAAAGUAAAUCCAGAAAUGUACGGUCACAUGACGCACUGGUUGUCCUCGCUAGCAAAUGGCCGUGUGAUCUUAACCCUUGAAGGUGGUUACAACAUCAAUUCAAUUUCACACUCAAUGACGAUGUGUACAAAAGCAUUGCUCGGCGAUCCACUUCCACAACUCGAAGCGAAUCUCAUUCCGUGUCCAAGUGCGGUGGCAUCGAUCAUGAACGUAUUGCAGACGCAUAAAUUAUAUUGGCCGAAUCUCAUCUUCCAGAAAGGUUUGCCAAUUGAGAAUGUGCUUCCUAAGGCGAAAGUACCCAGAAGUAAACCUACCGAGAGAUUGAGUGAUAGUAGUAGUUUGUUGAUGUCGAAUGGUAGAACGAUAAAGGAGGUAGAAUCGGGAUUCGAGAAUUUGAAGAUUAUACAGGCAGUUAAUCCUCAUGAUAAAGCUGGUGGAUCAAGAGAUAAACCUGACGGAGAUGCUGGUGUUGGUGGUAGUGGUAGCGGACAAUCGGAUACGUCGGGUAACGUGAUGGCACGGACUACGCUGAUGGAUUAUUUGCAGGAUAAUUUACAGGCCCUCCUUGACCAAGAGAUGUUCGCAGUGGUACCUCUAACAGAUUGCCCACACUUAAGUUCCGUCGAAGACGUGCCAAUUUCUGGUAUCGACGUUAAUGCUCCUUGUGUCGAAUGUCAAAACACUCAAGAAAAUUGGAUUUGUCUUCAGUGUUAUACCGUCCAUUGUGCUCGAACAAUUAACCAACAUAUGCUUGAGCACGAACAAGCUACUAAUCAUCCGUUAACUUUGAGCUUCAGUGAUUUGUCGGUUUGGUGCUAUAGGUGCGAGGCUUACAUUGAUAACCCGCGAUUGUACGCAGCAAGAAAUGCCGUCCACCGCAGUAAAUUCAACGAGGAUCUUCCAUGGACCUUCACUCGUGAAAGUUAAGCUACACCCUCGCGAUGCAAUCAUGAAAAAGUCUUAAAAAGUUUGCAAUAAGUCUUUUGAGCUUAUAAAUUGAUGUGUUAAUGUACAAUAAACAGUUCGAGUGCGUCAACUAAUAAGGGAUAUUUUUAUAAGCAAAUUUUAAGAAAAGAUAUACUUGUCGCAUCGAGAUAACUUCGCAUUGCGGUUUAAUAAUUAUAUCCAGAAUAAUUAAAUUCCUGUAUUGUACUGAAAGCACAUUUUUGUAUUGUAAUUAUUGAUCUUUGAAAGAAUUUAUAAUAAUACAAUAAUUAAUAAUACUGAGCUUCUGAAAAAAAUAAAGAUAUUAUGAUAGUACUAAAAAACUAUUGUCAACUGUUAACUAUUACAAUGUUUAAAAUUUAUAUUAUAUAACAAAAAGAGUGGAACUAUUUAUUUAACUACAAUAAAAGCAA